CUCUUCUCUUCUCUCCAUACUCCACCUUCCACAAACGAAACAAAACCUACAGAGUCACCUCACUCAUUUCCAUGAGCAGUUACUACUUAAAAUUCCACGCACCAGUAAAAAAAAAUAAAAUGUUGACUUUUGGUCUCUUGUGUCUGCUUGUCUCUAUAAGCAGCCCAUUCUCUUCCCUUCUCUCUCCAUUCUGUGACACACAAAUACUCUCUAUGGGCUUCUCUCCUACAUUGAAAUCAUAAAUGUCUUCAAAAAUGUUGUUCAUUUCUACGCCAUUUCUUGCUGCUUCCCUCGCAGUCUUUUGCCUCACAGCUUCAGCUUUUGGAGCCACUCGAUUGCCAGACGAUGAAGUUGAAGCUCUGAGGGACAUAGGGAACACACUUGGGAAGAAAGAUUGGAACUUUAACGUUGAUCCUUGCUCUGGAGAAUCAGGAUGGGCAGAUCCAAAUCCUGUGAAGGGCUCAGAAAAUGCUGUUACCUGUAAUUGUUCUAUCUCCAUCUGCCACAUCACUAGCAUAGUUCUGAAGUCCCUGGAUCUCCAAGGUACCCUCCCAAAAGACUUGGGCAGGCUUCCUUUCCUCCAAGAAAUUGACCUCACUCGUAACUACCUUAACGGUACAAUCCCUCCACAAUGGGGUUCCAUGCCAUUGGUCAACAUUUCUCUUCUGGGAAAUCGGUUAACGGGUCCAAUCCCAAAAGAAUUCGGAAACAUCAGCACACUUGAGAGUCUAACUGUUGAGUUCAAUCAACUUUCUGGAGAAUUGCCUCGGGAGCUUGGAAAAUUAAACCGCAUCGAAAGAAUGCUUCUUACAUCCAAUAAUUUUACUGGGGAAUUGCCUGCCACAUUUGCAAAGCUAACCUCAUUGAAAGACUUUCGAAUUGGUGAUAACAAGUUCACAGGCCCCAUACCUGAUUUUAUUCAGAAUUUGACUAAUCUAGAAAAACUAGUGAUUCAAGGCAGCGGGUUAAGUGGGCCAAUUCCAUCUGGCAUCGGUCUUUUAGAAAAUAUGACUGACCUGAGAAUCAGUGACUUGACUAAUGGAACUGAAACACCAUUUCCACCAUUAAGUAAUAUGAAAAGCCUGAAGAUUCUAAUCCUAAGGAGUUGCAAUAUUGUUGGAAAGCUACCCGAUUUUCUUGGAGGAAUUAGUAAAUUGAAAACCUUAGACCUCUGUUUUAACAAACUGACAGGAGACAUUCCAACCAGCCUUUCUGGUGCAGUAAAAACAGAUUACAUAUACUUGACUGGAAAUCUACUAACUGGAACAGUGCCUGACUGGAUACUUGAAAAAGGAGAAAAUGUUGACCUUUCCUAUAAUAAUUUCACAAUUGAAAGCUCAUGUCAACAGCGGACAGUAAACUUAUUUGGAAGCUCCUCAAUGGGAAAUGUUUCCACCUCUGUUUCAUGUUUAAGAAGCAACCAAUGUCCAAAAUAUUUCCAUUCCUUAAAUAUAAAUUGUGGAGGAAAGGAAGCUAAGAUUAAGGGAAUUACAUAUGAAGAUGAUGCAGACUCAGCUGGACCUUCAAGAUUCUACCAAAGUAGAACUAACUGGGCAUUCAGCAGCACUGGAAAUUUCAUGGAUGAUGACCGUCCAACAGAUUCUUAUACCUGGACAAACGCCACUAAACUUUCUGCUGGCUCUUCUGAACUAUACAUGGACGCACGCCUUUCUCCAAUCUCUCUUACUUAUUAUGGUUUCUGCAUGAGGAAUGGGAACUACACCGUAGGCCUCCACUUUGCAGAGAUAAUAUUUACUGAUGACAACACAUCUAGCAGCCUCGGAAGGCGCCUGUUUGAUAUUUACAUUCAGGGAAAGCUUGUGCACAAUGACUUUAAUAUAGUGGAUGAAGCAGGUGGGGUUGGUAAGGCUAUUAUAAAAAAUUUUACAGCAAGUGUAACGAGUCAUACAUUGGAGAUACGCUUUUAUUGGGAUGGAAAGGGGACAACUGGUAUCCCUUAUAGAGGAGUUUAUGGUCCUCUAGUAUCAGCAAUUUCUGUCACUCCUGAUUUUGUACCUCCUUCAGAAGGUGGCAGUAGUACAUCUGCAGGCACUAUUGUUGGAAUUGUGGUUGCUGUAGUAGCUGUCAUCUUUCUGGUUCUUGGUGUCCUCUGGUGGAAAGGCUGUUUAAGACAUAAAGACAAAAUGGAUCAAGAUCUGAGGGGACUAGAUUUACAAACAGGCUCAUUUGCACUGAAACAAAUUAAAGCUGCUACUAACAACUUUGACCCUUCUAAUAAAAUUGGAGAAGGUGGUUUUGGUCCUGUUUACAAGGGCUUUCUUUCAGAUGGCACCAUAAUUGCUGUGAAGCAGCUUUCCUCCAAAUCUAAGCAGGGAAAUCGCGAAUUUGUGAAUGAGAUUGGCAUGAUUUCUGCUCUCCAACACCCUCAUCUUGUAAAGCUCUAUGGAUGUUGUAUUGAAGGAAAUCAAUUGUUGCUGGUGUAUGAGUACAUGGAAAAUAACAGCCUUGCUCGUGCUUUGUUCGAUCCUGAAGGGUGCCAGUUGAAUUUGGACUGGCCUACAAGACACAAGAUAGCCAUUGGCAUAGCAAGAGGUUUGGCUUUUCUCCAUGAAGAAUCAAGGUUGAAGAUUGUGCACAGAGAUAUCAAGGCCACCAAUGUGCUGCUUGAUAAGAAUUUAAAUCCCAAGAUUUCUGAUUUUGGUCUAGCCAAACUUGAUGAAGAAGGGACUACCCACAUAAGCACUCGAGUUGCAGGAACCUUUGGAUACAUGGCACCUGAAUAUGCAAUGCGGGGUCAUUUGACCGAUAAAGCAGAUGUGUAUAGCUAUGGAAUUGUUGCCUUGGAAAUUGUUUGUGGAAGGAGCAACAGUAGUUACCGACAAAAUCCAAAAGAGGAAUGCUUUUAUCUUCUUGAUUGGGCACUUGUUCUAAAAGAAAGGGAGAGAUUAUUGGAGCUUGUUGAUCCAAGACUUGGGCAGAAGUACGACAAAGGACAGGUGAUGACAUUGAUCAACGUGGCUCUGCUAUGUGCCGACGUCUCUCCGGCAGUUAGGCCUACAAUGUCUUCAGUGGUAAGUAUGCUGGAAGGCAAGACAUCUGUUGAUGAUUUGGUUUUGGAUGCAAGUGUCUCAAAAUCACAUGAUGAGAUGAGAAUUGAAGCAAUGAGGAAGCAUUUUCAGCAGAGCAUUGAAACAGAUACAAGUUGCACCAUGACCAAAAGCAUGUCACUUGAUGGACCUUGGACUGCUUCUUCCUCUUCUACUCAGGAUCUUUAUCCACUUAAGCUGGAUUCUGAUUAUUGGGAGAAGAGAAAUUAGUUAAACAGUUAAAACUGUCAACUGUUUUUAUGUCCUAAAGCAAUAAAGCUUGUAAUUUUCACUGCAAUAACUUGCUUUAAAUUCCUUUUUUUUUUUUUUAAUAUUGUGGAAAUUCCAAAGUGUUAAAAGGAUUCAUGGCACUUGCGGAAAAAUUGUUGCAGAAGUUUUGUGUAUUGAUAAUUGUAUAUUCUGAAAGCGUUAUAAUAAUAAUCCUAUAUUUGAAUA